CUGACCUUUUGUAAUUCUAACCUCUCAAUUUCCAGAAGCCGAAAGCGAUUACAAUUCUGAAGACUAGAACGAUUUUUUCCACAUUGAAGAUGGCGUUGACUGAAGUAUCCGCGAACAAAGUAUUCGGGGGAGUACAGAAGGUGUUCACGCACGAAUCGAAGGAGGUGGAAUGCGUGAUGAGGUUCGGAGUCUACCUGCCGCCCCAGGCGGAGGAGAAAAAGUUGCCGGUCAUCUACUGGCUCUCCGGCCUGACGUGUUCCGAGGCGAAUUUCAUCGAAAAAGCGGGUGCCCAACGGUACGCCGCCGAACACGGGGUCAUUAUCGUCAAUCCGGACACCUCACCGCGUGGCUUAAAUCUGCCCGGCGACUCGGACAAUUGGGAUUUCGGUGUGGGGGCCGGGUUUUACGUUAACGCCACCCAAAGUCCGUGGAAGAACAACUACAGGAUGUUCAGCUAUGUCACCAACGAGCUUAUUAACGUCGUUAACGCGAAUUUUAAUGUGAUUGAGGGCAAACAGUCCAUCAUGGGUCACAGUAUGGGUGGCCACGGUGCUCUGAUCAGUGCGUUAAAAAAUCCGGGACUUUAUAAGUCUGUGUCAGCCUUUGCGCCCAUUUGUAAUCCUUCCAAGUGUCCCUGGGGAGUGAAAGCGUUCACCGGGUACUUGGGACCGAAAGAGACGGCCGACUGGAGCGAGUGGGAUGCCACUGAACUGGUCAAGAAGUACAAUGGGCCCAUUUUAGAACUUCUGAUUGAUCAGGGUUUGGAGGACAAUUUCCUAAAGCAAGAUCAGCUUUUACCUGAAAACUUAUUAGAGGCGUGCCAAAAGGCCGGAGUACCAGCGAUUUUGAACAAACGCGAGGGCUACAACCACAGCUAUUUCUACAUCGCUUCGUUUAUUGGGGAACACAUCGCAUACCACGCCAAACACUUGGACAAAUGAACCAAAUCCCUUGUGAUAUAUUGUAAUAAAACGCAUAUUUGAAUUAUUUUUUAAUACAGUAUAAAUUACAUCAUA